UUUGGUGGCGAGGAAGUAAAGGGCGUUUCCGGGAGGGACGUCUACGGUGGUGCGGAGAGGACAAAAACAUUGUCCUUGCGUUCUAACACCGCUUCUCUGAGAUCCCUAAGCUGCCUAAGAAUAAAGGCGGGGUUGCUGUGAAAAUCCGGCGAUCAGGAGGGAGGGGGGAUUCCGCUCGACCAGUGUGUUUCCAGUGCCAAUUCACGACGCAUCCCUGGGCCUCAGCCUUCCCAUCUGUAAAAAUGAGUGGAUUGGACUAGAUGACCUGAAAGGGUUCUUCCAGCCUGGGGUGUGCUGGUUAAUGUUUAACCACGGGAUCCUGGCAGAGCUCAUCUCAGAUUAAAGCCCAGGCCUGGAAUCUGAUCAGGCAUAACCAGAAGGCUGUGCAGAAAAAAAGAUGUGGAAGACUUCCCUGCUGCCCAAGGUCCUGACUUUGGGGGUCCUAGGCCUCCUAAUUCCAGCUCAAGGGCAUCAUGGUGAUGACCUCAUCCGGACCACUGAGUCUGGACAGAUCCAAGGAUCUCUCAUCAGCAUCAAGGGGCUUGACAAAGAUGUCAAUGUUUUCCUGGGAAUCCCCUUUGCCAGACCCCCCAUUGGAAACCUGAGGUUUUCUCCUCCACAACCACCAGAGCCAUGGAGUGAUGUGAGAAAUGCAACUUCUUACCCACCCAUAUGUUUGCAGGAUGACGCUAUCCUAAGAAAACUGAUGAUGUUCCUGAAAAUGAAUACCACUAUUACUUCCAGUUCUGAAGACUGUUUGUACCUCAAUAUCUAUGUUCCUGACCACACAGAGGAGGAUGCCAAAUUGCCAGUGAUGGUGUGGAUCCACGGCGGUGGUCUCAUCUUGGGCUCUGCUUCCACAUAUGAUGGUUCGAUAUUGUCUACCACCCAGAACGUGGUAGUGGUCACCAUCCAGUACAGGCUGGGCAUCCUUGGGUUCUUCAGCACUGGGGAUGAGCAUGCACCUGGCAACUGGGGUUACCUGGAUCAGGUGGCUGCCCUGAGGUGGGUCCAGAAGAACAUUGCCCACUUUGGAGGAGAUCCUGGCCGUGUGACCAUCUUUGGCGAGUCUGCAGGGGGGAUAAGUGUUUCCUCACAUAUUCUGUCUCCCAUGUCCAAAGACCUGUUCCACAGAGCAAUCAUGGAGAGUGGUGUGGUCAUCUUCCCUGGCUUGAUUUCUUCCAGCUCAGAAUCAAUUAUACAUCGCAUUGCCAACCUGUCUGCUUGUGAGAAUUGCAGUUCAGCCUCCAUAGUUGAGUGCUUAAGAAACAAAACUGAAAAUGAGAUCCUGGACAUUAGCAAGGCUUUCAGGAUAAUCCCUGGCAUGGUUGAUGGGCAGUUCUUACCCAAACAUCCUGAAGAUCUCUUGGCUUCUGGCGAGUUCCACCAUGUCCCCAGCAUCAUUGGCAUCAACAACCAUGAAUAUGGUUGGCUCAUUCCUGUUAGCUUCGGUCUGUCUAUGUUCAAAGAAGAGAUGACUAGAGAAACAAUCAGAAAAAUACUGCUAAGCCCACUCAUGGGAAUCCCGCCUACAAUCGUAUCCAUAAUGAUGGACAAGUACUUAGGGAGUACUGAGGAUCCCAGAGAACUUCGGGCUCAAUUCCAGGAGAUGAUGGGGGACUUAGUCUUUGUCGUUCCUGCCCUCAAAGUGGCCAAAUAUCAACAGAGUCCCAGCUCUCCAGUCUACUUUUAUGAAUUUCAGCACCGACCAAGCAUGUUUAAGGACCUCAAGCCGGACUUUGUGAAGGCAGACCAUGGUGAUGAGCUGCAUUUUGUCUUUGGAGCACCUCUUUUAGGUGGAGCCACAGAAGAGGAAAAACUAUUCAGUCAGAAGAUAAUGACCUAUUGGGCAAACUUUGCCAGAAAUGGGGACCCAAAUGGUGCAGACCUGCUCCACUGGCCAGCCUAUAACCAGAAUGAAGAGUAUCUGCAGCUUAAUCUCCAGUUGUCUGUAGGAAAGGGCCUGAAGGCAGAGAAGAUGGAGUUCUGGCUGAAGAGCUUGCCUCAGAAGAAGAAGGAAGCAGUGGACCCAGACGCCCAGGAGUCAUGAGUCCUAAGCCUAAAUCAUUUUUGCUAUUGCUGCCCUCCAAUAACCUCCAUUUGUUUCCUUUGAAUAAUUUCUCAGUAUCUGCUAAAUAUAUUGUACUUUGGGUCAGAUA